CUGAGGUAGGUGGUUUAUAACGAGCUGAUACUGUGUAGUGAAGUCUUAUCGGUGAUGAAGUAUCUUCGACUGCUUCCAUAGAAAUAAGCACUCCGCCUUUUCUAACAUAUGGAACAUGCCGAAGCAGCGCUUUACAGCACAUUUAAUUGCCCCACUGAAGCAAGAAUCGCCAGGCUGUGUGCGCCCAGCGAGAUUCCUACCGGAGUAAGGAUGUGGUCAGGCGGGGAUUGUAGGAAUGAAACAAAACGGGAAAAGAAAACAGCAGCAGGAUUUUCACAAUCCAAUAGGGAAAGACACUCCUAAAAUGUUUACUGAUGGAAACAAAGUGUUGAAAGCGUUUUCUUUGCAUGUACUUGUUUGCCAGUUUGAUAGUUUGAAAAGCUAGUGUGGCAAGGAAUACACCGGGAAUGUGGUUACAUCGUAUUCAAGGAGAACUGCGAGUGACAAAGUCCUGUGCCCUAUAGGAUUCCUGCAUUGCAGCAGCAAUGUCGUGCUCUCCCUGGCUCCUGCCUGGUUGGAGACUGUGGAUGGUGUUCUUGCUGGUGUGGCAUUGCUGCACGGCAGAGGAGCUGAAGCCAACCAGAUGGCCUCUUUUCUCCCAUAAGCCUGUACUCCUGGCCUGGAAUGCUCCAACUGAGGACUGUGGUCCACGCCAUAAAGUCUGGUUUAAACUGGACCAGUUUGAAAUUGUAGCAUCACCCAAUGAGGGGUUUGUCAAACAGAAUCUUACUAUUUUCUAUAAAGACAGGCUUGGGCUAUACCCCUAUUAUGAGAAGGAUGGCCGACCCAUCAAUGGUGGGCUCCCCCAGCUCGCCAGCCUUACUGAGCACAAGGAGAAGAUGCCAGAGGGGUUGAAAAAGUAUAUUCGGGAGCCCAAAGCCAAGGGCCUGGCUGUAAUUGACUGGGAGGAGUGGCGCCCUCUAUGGAUCCGCAACUGGGACACUAAGGACGUGUACCGGAACCAUUCGCGCCGCCUUGUUGCCAAGAAGAAUCCUACCUUGUCACCAGAGAGGGUGGCCAAGGUGGCUCAGCAGGAGUUUGAGAUGUCCGCCAAGAAGUUCAUGCUAGAGACCCUGAGACUGGCAAAAAGCUUGCGCCCCGAGCAGCUGUGGGGUUUCUACCUUUUCCCAGACUGCUACAACCAUGACUACAAGAACAGCCUGGAGAACUACACGGGCCGAUGCCCAGACGCGGAGGUAGCACGGAACGACCACCUGGCCUGGCUGUGGACGGAGAGCACCGCCCUCUUUCCCUCCAUUUACAUGGGCACCGUGCUCCGCUCCACCUCUUUCGGACGGCAGUUUGUCCGUAACCGGGUGAAGGAGGGAAUGAGGUUGGCGCUGGUAGGGGAUGAUCUGGCACGCCCCGUCUUCGUCUACACCCGGCCCACCUAUGCCAACGAGCUCAUUCAGCUGACAGAGGUGGACCUCGUCUCCACCAUUGGAGAGAGUGUUGCCCUGGGAGCCGCUGGCAUCAUCCUGUGGGGAGAUGCCGCCUACGCCAGCAGCAAUGCCAGCUGCAGCAAUCUCAAUGAGUACCUGCGGGGUCCACUGGGCAUGUACCUGCUCAACGUCUCCACAGCAGCGGAGCACUGCAGCAGAGAGCGCUGCAGCUCCCACGGCCGCUGCCUGCGCCGCCGGCCUGACAGCGACACCUACCUGCACCUCAGCCCCCAGAGCCACACCAUCCUGAGGGAGGGCGACAAGCUGACAGUAAAGGGUCAGCUGAGCGCUGCCGAGCAAGAGCUGUACCACACGGAGUUCCGCUGCCAGUGCUACAGUGGUUACAAGGACGAGUCGUGUGCCCAGAAAGACCCCGAGCGGCAGUACGCGGCCUCUGCUGGCCUCCGGGCCUGGCUGGCCAGCCUGCUGCUGCCUCUCCUCUUGCCCAUGCUCCUGCACUGAGCCCAGGCAGGCGACGCAGAGACACAGGCCACGGGGGAAGGCUGCACCACCUGGCCCCGGGCCCCUGCCUGCGCCCACAGGAGGGGUAGGUAGUUCUCUCUCACCAGAUGCACCAUGGGCGUCAGGUGGGAUGGCUGAGAGCGUGGCGGUCUUUGGAGAGAGACUGUGAAGAUAACAUGCAGACAGCCAGGCAUCCAAACUGUUCACACUGACGAAGGUAAAAGGACUAGUGUGGAAUUGCCAAAGAUUUAAGGUUAUGUACACGCUUUUGGAGAGCUGGCUGGAAAGUUUGGCUCUGUGUUUACAGAGCUCUCUCUGUCUUCCCUGAAUGUGGACUCGGUUGACAGAGUAUUGAACCAUAUCAGGGAGGGAUCCUGCCUGGAAACAGAGGUUUUACUGUACCCUAGGGUCCUGCUCUCUCCUUCAGCACAAUCCGAAACCUGAACAACCUAAUCUUGAAUGCACAAUUAAAGUAAAAAGGAGGAUCAUUUAAGGAGCUCCAGGUUGCCUCAUUUCCACUGAUGCUCAUUGCUACACUUAUUUUUAGCUUUUUAGAUGGGAUGGUGCAAUUGCUGAAGUCAAAAUCAAGUACUUGUGAAUGAAAAAUGCUUUGUCAAUGGUGUAUGAAGUUGUACUUUGUAGUUCACCAUUGUCUGGACUCCUGAACAUAGUCCUCAACACUAUGGAUGAAUGUCCUUAAAAUAGGCUCUGAGUCAUGAACCGUGUUCUUUCUGGACUUCCUGUUCUGUUCUGUUAUGGUCUGGUCUGAGUGCUCCACAUCAGUGUCCUCUGUCUCCAGGGUUUUUAUGCUCAUGUACUGACUGUGUAAUGUGUACUGGCUGUCCCCUGCCCUCCCACAUCCUCAUGACAUGAGCACCUGACACAAUACAGUAAAAGUGCCUUGCACACUGGGAGCAGCUGUGGUGCCACACCACCAGAGCAUUCGCUGUUA